AUGAAGCGCUCCUCUCGGCAGCAGCAGCCCGGUGUUUGGAGCUCCUGCAGGCGGCAGCAGCAGCAGCAGCAGCAGCUCAGUCUGGGAGGGGGCUCCAGCACCACGGACAGCGACACUCAGCCAGCCCCCCCUCAACAACACACAACCCGUAAACAGCGCCACCUGGAGGGAGUCCUGAAGAAGUAUACCAACCUGCUCCAUGGCUGGCAGAGCAGGUAUUUCGUUCUGGACCCAGAGGCUGGUCAGCUUCAGUAUUACCUGAAUGAAGUCAUUAAAAACCAGCGACCCCCACGAGGGUUCCUGCCCCUCCUAGGAGCCAUGGUGGUCUCCAGUGAUGAGUAUCAGUACAUGUUCACCAUUAAAUCUACGGCAGGGGUGUCAUACAAACUCAGAGCUCCUGACGCUCAGCAGCAGGAGUUAUGGAUGACUCAGCUUCAACUGUGCUCCAGAAGACACUCCGACGCCAAGGCGAUGAGUCCGGCUGAAGGUCAGCAGAAGUCUCUGGUGAACUCUGUGGAGUCUCUGCCGUCCAGAAGAGGGCCGCUGUCUGGUCUGGAUGAGGACCUGAUCCUCUUCAAGGCCUCCUCUGCAGCCACGCUCAGCUGCCUCGGCGGCUGUCUCUCCAUGCUGCAGCACAACGUGGUCCAGGCUCUCAACCACAACCAGAACCAGAACCAGAACCACAUCACCAGCCUGAGUCCCAGCCACAGCUCCUGUGGUCUGAGCCCGUCAGAGAGAGGGAAACCCCGUAGCAUAGCCACGUCUGAGCCAGGAACCCUGAGGUCGACCGGUCAGAGUCCGGCACACGGCGUCCAAGAAAGUCCCAAACACAGCAGAGUCCCCCAGAACCAGAGUCCAGGACCAGCUGCUGCAGAUAUUUCUACAGGACGGUCCCAGAGUCCGUCAGAGAGGAAAGUUAAAAAUGGAGCUCCUCCAUCCUCGUCCAUAUCCCCUCCUCCAUCGGCUCAAACAGACGAAGACACAGACCGACUCUCUGAGCAUCAUCAACAGAGUCAGAGCAGCAAUUCAGAGACCCCAGACCCCAGCGAGGAGACGACGGACACGGACGACAACGAGGAGGAGGAGCUCGGAGUUCAGGAGGAGCAAAGGAGCAUCAUCAUCCACCUCCUGUCUCAGCUCAAACUGGGCAUGGACCUCACACGGGUGGUGCUCCCCACCUUCAUCCUGGAGAAGCGCUCCCUGCUGGAGAUGUACGCUAACUUCAUGGCCCACCCUGACAUGUUCCUGUCCAUCACGUCGGGCUGUACGGCCGAGGAGCGAAUCAUCCGCUUCGUAGAGUACUACCUGACUGCCUUCCACGAGGGCAGGAAGGGCGCCGUGGCCAAGAAGCCCUACAACCCCAUCCUGGGGGAGAACUUCCACUGCUCCUGGUACGUCCCCCGGGGCCGGAUCAGACCCCUCAGAACCACCAACUGUCCCGAUCCAAACUCCGUCCCCAGGUCUCCCCAGAGGGGUGGAGGGGGCGGAGCCAGCAGGAGAAGCUCAGACUGUUACCGUGUCCGGUUUGUGGCAGAGCAGGUGUCCCACCACCCACCUGUGUCCGGAUUCUACUGUGAGUGUAAGGAGAGGAGGAUGUGUGUCAAUGCUCACGUCUGGACCAAGAGCAAGUUCAUGGGUGUGUCUGUGGGCGUGUCCAUGGUCGGCGAAGGUGUGUUGUACCUGUUGGAGCACGAUGAGGAGUACGUGUUCACGCUGCCUUGUGCCUACGCCCGCUCCAUCCUCACCGUGCCGUGGGUGGAGCUUGGAGGUAAAGUCUCCAUCAACUGUGCCAAGAGUGGGUACUCCGCCACCGUCACCUUCCACACCAAACCUUUCUACGGAGGGAAAGUUCACAGAGUAACGGCGGAGGUCAAACAGAACCAAACAGGAAACGUGGUGUGUAAGGCGCAGGGCGAGUGGAACGGCGUGCUGGAGUUCACUUACAGCAGCGGAGAAAACAAAGUGAUCGACACGUCCAAACUGCCAAUCAUUAAGAAGAAGAUGAGACCGCUAGAGAGGCAAGGCCAGUACGAGUCACGGCGCCUGUGGCAGCACGUGACGGGGUCCUUGAAGGCAGGAAACAUGGAUGCAGCCACAGAACACAAACACUUCCUGGAGGAGAGACAGCGCAGUGAGAGCAAACAGAGGACCGCCAACAAGACGCCAUGGACGCCAAAAUACUUUGUUAAAGAGGGUGAAGGCUGGGUGUACCACAACCCUCUGUGGAAAGCUCACUGACAGCAGAGGAGACACACCCGGAAAGCAAGUGAGGAGAAGGCGGCGUGACGAGGAAACAGACAUUAAAGGAGAGAGAGCGGGGACUGAAGGAGACGUGCCAAAGCCGAGCAGAAGACAGACUCUGUCCAAUCAGAGACCUGUUUGUUCAGCAGGGAGGAUGAGACUGGUCGAUUGGCUCCUGCUGACUCGUCACUUCUCUGCACAAAGAACUGAACUAGAGCAAUGGUCACAACUAUUUUGCACAAUUCACUGUACAAUAUUUACAGCACUGCGUACGUGUGAGCAAUGUCGGUGUGUUUCAGGGUGGGGAGAGAUAUUUUAGACCAAUUUUACCAACAUUUAGUUUAAUCUGAGAAAAGCUGAAUCAGCUGUUCUGUUCCUGCAGUUACUCCUCAUGAGCAGUUUCCAUGUGGGCCGACUGUGCAGCGGUCUUUGCACUUCAGCUAAAGAACACCUUUGUGGUCAACUAGCAUGCACCAUGAUCCAUGUGUGCAAGAAGCACCACUCUGUUGUGUUCAGCUCCAGAUGCAUACUGGUGUUUCAGCGGUGCCUGAAUCCAAACAGGAAGGAAGACAAAGGAACGAUCAGGACCCAUUACUUCACCAACGUCCUAUCAAAACAGGAAGCAAAUAAGUAGCAAAUCUUCCCAGAGCAGGCAAAGUGACACGCCAUUUCUAUGUUACUGAACUAGUGAACUAGUGAAUCUGCUAAUCUGGGCCGCUCUCUGCUCAAGUCCACCCCAGAAACCAGCCUAAGGAGCAAGCUUGUGCACCAUCAGUCGCAGCAAAACCACACGAUCCAUGUGCACCAUUCUCAAUCUGUACCUGCAGCUCAUAGUGUAGAACAGAGUGGUGUUUCUGGCAUGUGUGGAUCGUGGUGCCCCCUGUGGAAACACAAGCAUUUAAAGGCAUGAAAAGCUCCAGAGUGCUGCACAGACAUCUCAGUGGAAAGAGCAGGGUAAAUCUGUGAGACAGAAGCUGAAACAUGCACAGCUAAUGUUGUCUUACUUUUAUUUAAAUAGCGUACUCUUGCUGCCCUCCAGCGGUUUCUCUCCAUGCAGAUUCUGUUUUUCAGACGUGCCUCUAAAACUCUUCAUUCAUCAAAAACACGAGA